AGGAGUUGAAGACAACAGAAGAAGAAGAAGAAGAAGAGACUCAUCUCAAGAAGAAGAAGUUCAGACGAAAACAAUAUAUAGCCAAAAAAAAAAGUUCGAGUGAGAGACGAGAAAACGCAAACGUUGUGGAGGAGAAUUUUUCGUCUCUCUUGUUCCUGGAUCGAUUUUGACUCGGGGAAAUCUGGAAGCUGCUGAAGAUUCGAUUCGGUGUUGUUCGAAUCUGAAGAGUUUUUUUUUCCUUCUGGUGUUGUUUGAUUCGAUUUCGGUGUUGAUUUGUUCGGAUUCGUGCCAAAGACUUCUGAUUUUCGAGCAAGAGUGGUGAUUGAAGCUGCGAUUCCGCGUCCUUGUUCAUCGAAACGGAGAUGAUGAGUUGGUGAGAGAUCAAGAAGCUCGAGGAGGCAUGGAUGAGGUAGGCGCUCAGGUGGCUGCUCCGGUUUUCGUCCACCAGUCCCUUACUCCGAUGGGGAGAAAACGCGAUCUCUAUUUCCAAAUUCCGAAUCUCCACACGCACCGGCUGCCGCAAACGCAAACGCUGCAACGGGGGGAUGAUUGGAACCCUAAGAUGUGGGACUGGGACAGUCGGAGAUUCGAAGCUAAGCCCGUAGAGACAGAGGUUCUCCGACUUGGGAACGAUUCGCAGUUUGACGUCAGUGCCAAGAGCAACAACAAUAACAGCGGUUUGACUUUGAUGAAUAGCGGCUGCGGUGGAAGUGAAGUAGAUGAGAGAAACCUUGAUUUGAACCUCGGAAGUGGUCUGACCGGCAUGGAAGAGACGCAAGCGAACAGACAGAACAAAAGGGUUCGGUCCGGAUCACCCGGAGGAGGGAACUACCCGAUGUGUCAGGUGGAUUUUUGUAAAGAAGAUCUGUCUAAUGCAAAGGAUUACCAUAGAAGGCAUAAAGUGUGUAAGCUUCAUAGCAAGGCUUCUAAAGCUCUUGUCGGGAAACAGAUGCAGAGGUUUUGCCAACAGUGCAGCAGGUUUCAUCUGCUUUCUGAAUUCGACGAGGGGAAGAGGAGCUGUAGGCGUAGAUUGGCAGGCCAUAACCGACGAAGAAGGAAAACCCAGCCGGAGGAAAUCACUUCGCGGGUUGUAGUUCCGGGGAACCGUGAUCCUAACUCUAACCCCAAUACGGAUCUUGUCGCUUUGUUGACGGCCUUGGCUUGUGCACAAGGUAGGAAUGAGGUGAAACCUAUCGAGUCUACAGUUGUUCCAGACAGGGAAAGACUUCUUCAGAUACUUAACAAGAUAAAUUCAUUACCUUUGCCUAUGGAUCUUGCCUCGAAGCUGAACAAUAUCGGAGUUUUAGCUCGGAAAAACCUCGACCACUCAGUGGAUAAUUUCCGGAAUGAUAUGAAUGGGACAUCUCAAUCUACCAUGGACUUGCUAGCAGUUCUCUCAUCCACCUUGGCUUCAUCCUCUCACGAUGCCCUAGCUUUGAUGUCUCAAAUGCCUGUUGAGAUUAGCGACAGCGACAAGACUAAGUUGACUCCAUCUGAUCAGGGGACAACUGCCGAUUUUGAAAAGAGAACUCGAGAUUUUGGUUCUGUUGGCGGAGAGAAAAGUAGUAGCAGUCACCAGUCUCCUUCGCAGGAUUCAGAUUCACAUUUCCAAGACACUAGAUCUAGUUUAUCUCUACAACUAUUCACCUCUUCACCUGAGGAUGAGAGUCGACCCACCGUGGCAACAUCAAGGAAAUACUAUUCGUCAGCAAGCAGUAACCCUGUCGAGGAUAGGUCUCUAUCAUCGUCUCCCGUAAUGCAGGAGUUGUUCCCAAAGCAGGCAUCUCCCGAAACAACGAGGUCAAAGAAAGAUAAAAACACGGGUUUUAGGACUGGUUGUCUGCCACUCGAGCUCUUUGGCGCAUCAAAUAGAGGGGCCGAAAAUAAUAUCUUCAAAGGGUUCGGGCAUCAAGCUGGUUAUGCUUCAUCUGGCUCUGAUAAUUCUCCUCCUAGCUUGAAUUCCGAUGCUCAGGACCGAACUGGGAGGAUAGUCUUCAAACUGCUAGGAAAAGAUCCUAGUCAACUUCCUGGGACAUUACGAACUCAGAUUUAUAAUUGGCUUUCUAAUAUUCCAUCGGAAAUGGAGAGUUAUAUCAGACCGGGAUGUGUUAUCCUAUCUGUCUAUGUCGCGAUGUCAUCUGCUGCAUGGGAGCAACUCGAGGAAAACUUGCAGGAACGAGUCGGUUUUCUGCUUCAAGAUUCAUGUUCGGAGUUUUGGAGGAGGACAAGAUUUCUGGUAAACACGGGCAGACAGCUAGCUUCUUACAAAGAUGGUAAGAUCCGUUUGAGCAAAUCUUGGAGAACGUGGAAUUCCCCGGAAUUGAUCUCAGUUUCACCAGUUGCUGUUGUAGCCGGGGAAGAAACUACAUUGUUAGUAAGGGGUAGAAAUUUGGAUAAUGGCGAAAUCAGGAUACGAUGCGCUCAUAUGGGUAGCUAUGCGUCAAUGGAGGUAACGACAUCAUCGUGUAAGAAACCCGUUUUCGAUGAGUUAAACGUAAGUAGUUUCAGAAUCAACGGUGGAAGCCAUGGUUUUUUCGGGCGAUGUUUCAUCGAGGUGGAGAACGGGUUCAGGGGCGAUAGUUUUCCUUUGAUCAUUGCCGACGCUGCCAUCUGCAAAGAGUUGAAUCGCCUCGAAGACGAGUUUCACCCGAAAACGCAAGUUCACAGAGAUAUUACAGAAGAACGAUUGCAUAAUUCAGAUCGUCCCAGUUCGAGGGAGGAAGUUUUGUGCUUCUUGAAUGAGCUCGGAUGGCUUUUCCAGAGGAAUGCGUCCUCGUUCGACAUUCAGGGAGGUUCCGACUUCUCCAUGACCCGUUUCAAGUUUCUUCUCGUCUUCUCGGUUGAAAGAGACUACUGCUCUCUUGUGCGAAAGCUCCUCGAUAUGGUUGUCGAAAGAAAUUCGGGUAAGGAUGGAUUGAUCAGGGAGUCUCGAGAUAUGUUGGCUGAGAUUCAGUUAUUAAACCGUGCCGUCAAGAGAAGGAGCACAAAGAUGGCCAAAAUGUUGAUUCAUUAUUCCGUUACCGCCUCCUCGCUCAGUACCUCGAAAGAGUUUGUCUUCCUACCCGACACUGCUGGCCCUGGCGGUAUUACGCCGUUGCAUCUUGCUGCUUCUACUUCUGGUUCAGAUGGUAUGAUUGAUGUGUUGACAAACGACCCGCAAGAGAUCGGGCUAUCUUGUUGGAACUCUCUCCUCGACAAAAGCGGGCACACACCUUAUAGCUACGCCUCGACGAGGAACAACCACAGAUACAACGCCUUGGUGGCUCGGAAACUUACCGAUAAACGAAACAGGCAAGUCUCCAUAAACAUCGAGAGCAGGAUCGAUGGUCAGACAGGACUGAGCAAUAGAUCGAGUUCAGAGCUGAAGCGAUCUUCUUGCACAACUUGCGGGACCGUAGCCCUCAAGUACCAGAGAAAGAUCUCGGGUUCGUACCGAUUGUUCCCGACACCGAUCAUCCACUCGAUGCUUGCUGUCGCCACGGUCUGCGUUUGCGUCUGCGUGUUCAUGCACGCCUUCCCGAUCGUUCGGCAAGGCGCUCAUUUCAGCUGGGGAGGCUUGGAUUACGGCUCGAUGUAGCGGGCGGGAGAUUCCCGAGGCGAGGCGGGUAAGUGUAUUUCUUCGGUUUUCGGCGGAAAUAAGAGAGUUGAAUUCUCUUUUGGGAACUUUCUUGAAGUUCAAGUUAUGGAGUUUGUCCCCAUAGAGACAACAACUCUCUGACGGUGAAGGAGAGGAGAUGGGAGAGACAGAAAUGGUUUUGUAAGAAGAUUCAGGUGAAGAGCGAAAGAGACAGUAGGGGAGGAACCCACCACGUGAAAUUCCGAAUCUGCCCUUCGUAGAUCCUCGAGAGGAGACAGAGGUUUAGGGUUGAGGGUUCAUCAGUGGGGAUUAAGUUUUAUAUUAUUUUAUUGUUGUUGUUGUUAUUAUUAUUAUUAUUAUUAAUAUAUGUUUGGGUAAUUCUCUGUUUCUUAAUCUGUUCGUUUUCAUGUUU